GCACAGCCCCUUGGCGCGCCCUGCCCCGCCUGCUAGAAUGUUCCUCAUGAACGCCCCGCCAGUGGCUGCGCUCCAGUCCAAAUGGGAGGCCUUCGGGCCGCCCGGGACCUUUAGGUUUCCCAGGUGCUUCUCGGAGUCUCAGGAGGGCGUUGAGAGGGCGGCGGUGAGCGCCAAGGUGCAGAUGCUCAUCAGCACGCUGCAGCGAGAUCGCGCCGCCCUGGGCACGAGUGAGGCCCCCGCCAAGCAGAGGAGCCAGAGGGCCGAGAGGUGUCACGACGCCCAGCCGCCUGCCAGCCCCACCGUGCCCGGAGAGCAGCCUGUGUUUGCUGCCUGCAGUCUCGCUGCCAGCUCGGAUCCCACGGAACAGGAGGAAGCUUCGGACGUGGGCCCCUUGGAGCUGGAUUCGGACAGCGAUGACUCAGUGGACCGGGACAUCGAGGAAGCUAUCCAGGAGUAUCUAAAGGCUAAGAGCAGCACCCAGCAGCCAGUGGCUGGCGGGACCCAGCCAGGAGGGGCCGCAGGCAUGGGCAGCAGAUGCCAGCUGGAGCCUCUGCACAGUGGCGCCCCAGCCACCCUCUGUCCCCAGAGUCUUGUGCCUGUCUCCAGUGGUGACCCUGGUGGCCAGGCAGGAGUCAGCGAGGCCCUGGGCUCUGCCUCCCCCGUCAGCGUGAGUAGCGAUGACUCAUUCGAGCAAAGCAUCAGGGCAGAGAUAGAGCAGUUUCUGAGCAAGAAAAGACAACAUGAAACCCAGAGAUGCGACGGGCCUGCAGAUAAACAGGUGGAGCUGGGUGAGAACUCGGCCAGAUCCCCCUUAAGAACCCCCCGGGAACCGGCCAUGAGGGCCGCACCCCCACAGGGCUUGUCGGGCGCCUGUAGGGAGUUUGUCUUCCGCAAGCCUCCUCGCUUGGCCAAGGCGAACAUCCAGCCCAGGAGCCUCAGGUCCAGAGUCACAGCUGAGCCGGAAACCGUGGGCAGCACGAGGCCAGCCACCCCCUGCCGCCCCACGGAGGCGGCCCAGAGCAGAGGUCAGGUGAGGAGGAGUGUCGGUGGUGCUAGGAGGGGGAGGCGGGUCAGGAGUGCGGCCCUGGCGCCCCGGGCAUCUGACUCCAGCAGCGACGAUGGUAUCGAGGAGGCCAUUCAGCUGUACCAGUGGGAAAAGACGCGGAAGGAGGCCAACGAGGACCCGCCGCCCCGUGCCCAGCCCCAGGAGGAGAAGGGGCCCGACGCCCCCACAAACAGCAUGAGCAGCUCCGUGAACAGUGCCUUGCCUGAGACCCACAGAAGAACACCCAGCAGGAGGAAGCCAGCGGCUUCAAGGGCCGAAGAGCCUGUCCCAGGCGACCUCGACACCGACCCUCCCUCCAGAGCCCCACCCCCAACCAGCGCAGCAUCUAGGAGCGAGUUCACGGAUCGGGCCACGUGCCGGGCAGACACGUCUGCAGAGCUGAUGUGCGCCGAAGCCAUCCUGGACAUCUCCAAAACUAUCCUGCCAGCCCCCGUGGAGGGCAGCAACACAGCCCCACCCCCGAGCCCCCAUACCCCCAACGUGCCUUUGCGCUCUGAUGGCGACAGCAGCUCCGUGGACAGCGACGACAGCAUUGAGCAGGAGAUCCGGACGUUUCUGGCUCUCAAGGCCCAGUCAGGAAGUUUGCUGGCCAGAGCCGAGGGCCAUCCUCAGGUCACACAGGGCCUGCUGUCCCCACCUGGCCCCGAUGGCCAGCCCAACAGCCCCAAAGCCCCUCUGUCUAAAGUCCCAGAUGUGCAAAUGAGCUGCAGAAGGAAACGCAGGGGCGGCGGCCAAGCCCUAAGGCCAGCCACGCCCAAGAAGAUGAAGGAGGUGGAGAGGGAGGGUGGUCAGGAUGCUGACCAUAGCCAGGGCCAAGCCGAACCCUCCCGUGAUGGGCAGGACCCACCUGGCCAGGGCAGAACUGGCCAGGCACAGGGAAGGGACAGUGAGGCCCAGACACUUGGGGACACCCACGUAUCGCAAGGCCACAGCAAGGCAGACGAGGCGAGGGGCGAGGAUGAGAAGGGGAGCUCCGAGGACAAGAGCAGCUCACUGGACAGUGACGAGGACCUGGACACAGCCAUCAAGGACCUGCUGAGGUCCAAGCGGAAGCUUAGGAAGCGGGGCCGGGACCCCAGGGCCGCCUGCCGAAAGAAGGUCAGGUUCAGCACCACUGAGACGCGAUUCCUGGACAGGCUGGGCAGCUUCCGCAGGGACUGGAAGGCCAGCAGCCCACAGGUGCUGAGGAGCUGCCUCUCCAAGCCCAGGCGAGACAACCCGGGAAGCCCCGCGCUGAGACCCCUGAGUGUGUCAGUCAGCGCCACAGAGAGAACCAAGCCAGAGGGCACCAUCUGCCGGGACACGACCCCGGCCUUCCGACUGAGGAGGGAUGCCUGCAGAGGAGACCCGUUCCCCAGUGACGGUCAGGGCCUGGCCCCAAGCCCCAGCUCCGUGGACAGCGACACCAGCUCCGUGGAUAGUGACGACAGCAUUGAACUGGAGAUCAGGAAGUUUUUGGCAGAAAAGGCCAAGGAGUCGGUGAGCAGCUUGGAAAGCCAAACCAACGGGCCCGGGCCAGAGGCGCCGUGCAGGAGGGAGCCAGCCCCAUCACCCGGCAUUUGCACACGGAGCCAGAGGGCCAGGGGACCCCCGCAGCUGGCUGAGGGGCCAAGAGGCACAGAGAGAGCCGGGGUACAGGGUGCGUUUGGUCUGUUUGGCCUGGGUGGCAAGGGCCUCCCCGCCACAGCACUGGCCCAGGGUGACCUGGCGCCACCCAGGAGCUCCGUUGGAAGUGUCCCUGCCAGGGGCGGUUCAGUGAGCAGGAGACACAUUUAUGUUCACAAGGACCAGGGCCCACGAGGGGCCGAGCCCGCCACCACCAAUGGCGCCUUGAGUCAGCUGCCUGGCCAUGCCAGAGCAGGCCCUGAGGUGGGGGCCACCUUCCACAUGGGCUGCGGUAGCCGGGGCUUCCUGGCCUCCACCCUGGGCGCCGAGAGGGACUGCGGGGCCCAGACCAACCAUGCCCUGCCCUGGAGCGACUUUGCCCACCAGAGUCGGCUUCCUGGCCCGUGGGUUCUGGACACAGAAGGCAGGGAUGCAGCAUGGAGGGGCAGCCUUGGGGGCGAGAGGGGGAAGGGGACCCCGCCCGGUGGCCUCCCUUUCUCCAGCUUCUCCCCACUGCUGUCCACCCAGCUUUUCCACUUCGGAAAGACCGUCUCCUGGGGGAGCAAGCAGACUGGCCUCUUCAGCCCCCACCUGGGGCUGCCCCUCCAGGGUCCAUCCUUCUCAGCCUUCAGGGAGGCCCAGGCUGGGCCCAGCCCUGUCUUUGGAGGCCCACACCGGCUCGUAAAGAAGGACAUCGGGCCCUGGCCAGGCAGGAGGGUGCAAGCGGGGCACAGCUUGUGUGACGGCCAGAACUCAGGCUCAGAGGAGGAAGUUUUAGACCUGAGGUAUCGACACAGGGGCAUUGACAGGGAUGACCCGGACCCAGAGGCCUUGGGCAGCGAUGCCAGUGACCUCAGCGACACCUCCGUGGAGGAUGGUGGUGGCAGCUCGGUGCUAAAGGGCAAAGUCCUCCAACUGUGAACAUGCCUGGUUCCAGCCGCCUGCAUCAGAAGCCACGUGUCCGUGCAUGUCCUGUGCGCGUCACAAUGCUUGUGAUUACAGGAGAGAAAACACAAGUAGGGUGGGUCCCAGGGCCCUGUACAUAUGUACAUUAA